AUAGCGUUUCGACGCAGCUCGAGUUCCAAAAGGGAACGUCUCUAGGUUACGACCGUAACCCUAGUUCCCUGAGGAACGAGACGCUGCGUCUCCGUGCCACACUCCCUGCAUCCCUGCGGCGCUUACCUUCUCUCACAGGAGCUAGCGUCUUGUCCAUCUCGCAGCCAUUUGUAGCUUCCUGUUUACGCGACGUCACCCGCCGAUGACGUCACGUCUCAACGCCUAUUGGUCAGAUUACACACGUGGUUCAGAGCGCAGUCAUGCAGGGGCGUUCCCAUAGCGUUUCGACGCAGCGUCUCGUUCCUCAGGUAACUAGGGUUACGGUCGUAACCUAGAGACGUUUUCACUUAACCUCCUUUCUGAAACAGGCCAAGGGUCUCACGACAUUUGACAUUUAAAAUCACCAAAACAAACACGCCCCUAACCCAAAUGGGUCCCACCCCUGUAUCGAUAGCUCCGCCCACACAUACAUAUUGUAUGUUAUUGGCAGAACAAUACGAUUGCAGAUAAACAAACAAACAAUUACACUGAAAGGCAGAAAAAUGAAUCAGAAUCAGAAUCAGGUUUAGUGGCCAAGGGUGUUGACACACACAAGGAACUUUAACAUAACAUUAUACUACACAAGACAGGACAGUACAGACUGUGGUAAGCUCUGGGUCUGGGAAACUCAAACACAAACUUACACUUACAAACUUAUCUGGAUGUGAGAAACUGUGAAUGAUACAGUUAUUGAGCUGAAAGCUGAGAGAAAGAUCAGUGAAAUUCUGUGUUUAUUACAAUCUCAUGAUGAUGAGAAUGUUUACAUGUGUUUUAAAUCACAGACUAAAUGUUUUAGUGUCAUUCAUUAGGUUUAACACUGCAGACAGACAUAAGUGAGUUAAACAGACUAAUCAGUAAAACCUUGUACUGUUACAUGUGUGGACUGAAUGAUGUGAUUUCUUAAUGUAAAGGUUAAAAACACAGGAGGAAGUAAAUGGCUGAAUCUUCAUCACAAACAGGAGGCAGAAAAAGGGGGAACAUGGAAGAACCAGAAUUAUUUUCUCAUGACUCCAGCAGUCUCCUGUCUAAAGAUCUGCUGCUGUGUCCGAUCUGUGUGGAUGUGCUCACUGAUCCUGUCACCACUCCAUGUGGACACAACUUCUGUAAGAGCUGCCUUACACAUUGCUGGGACAUGAAUCAACACUGUCGCUGUCCAUUAUGUAACAAGAAAUUCACCAAAAGACCUGAACUGAAGAUUAAUACAACACUGAGAGAGGUUGCAGAUCACUUCAAGAAGAAAAGUGAGAAAGAGAAAGCAGACAUUGUUGAAGUCUUCACUGCUCUGAUUCACUCCAUUGAGAGAAGUCAGGCUGAGCUGCUGGAGAUGAUGGAGGAGAAGCAAAAAGCAGCAGAGAGGAAGGCUGAAGGACUCAUUAAAGAGCUAGAGCAGGAAAUCAGUGUGCUGAAGAGGAGAGACACUGUGCUGGAGCAGCUCUCACACACUGAGAAGCAGCUCCACCUCCUACAGAUUUACUCCUCCAUGUGCAGCCCUUCACACACCAAGAACUGGACUGAGAUCAGCAUUAACACUGGUGUGAGUGGGGACACUGUGAUGACAGCUCUGUCUCAGCUUCAGCAGACUCUGAAUAAGAAACUCACUAAAUCACUCAUGAAGAGGAUUCAGCAGUAUGCAGUGGAUGUGACUCUGGAUCCUGAUACAGCUCAUCCAUAUCUCAUCCUGUCUGCUGAUGGAAAACAAGUCACACAUGGAGACAAACAACAGAAUCUCCCUGAUACACCACAGAGGUUUAAUUGGUGUAUCUGUGUUCUGGGAAAGCAAAGUUUCUCCUCAGGGAGAUUUUAUUAUGAGGUGCAGGUCAGAGGAAAAACUGACUGGUCAUUAGGAGUCGCAAGAGAGAACAUUAACAGAAAGACGGAGAUUACACUGACUCCUCAGAAUGGAUUCUGGACUGUGAUCCUGAGGAAUGAGAAUCAGUAUGAUGCUUGUGAAGGUCCCUCUGUCCCUCUCACACUGAGAGAGAAGGUGGAGGUUGUGGGGGUGUUUGUGGACUAUGAGGAGGGUCUGGUCUCCUUUUAUGAUGUGAAGUCCAGAUCUCAUAUCUACUCUUUCACUGGUCAGACUUUCACUGAGGAACUCUAUCCGUUCUUCAGUCCUUGUUUCAGUGAAGGAGCUAAAAAUUCAGCACCACUGAUCAUCUCUCCUGUAUGUAACACUGAAUAA